AUGGAGUCAACACCGCUACUUGAAAACAAGGACAAAGAAGACAAGUCAACACUUGGAAAUCUACUCAAGGCUAACGUUCUGUUUCUUGUUUUCCAUUUGGCAAUCAAUAUCCGUAAUCCACUUUUAACACAAUAUCUUUACAAGAGGUACUCCGAUGCGGCGUUCGACAACAGCACAGGGAGUGCCAACGCUCCAAAUCAAACCUGUUACGUCAACAAGUCGGAUCCAGGAUAUAUGUUACAGGAAAUGGUUCAAGAACAAACGUCAAACUUUCAAACAAUAUUGACUGUCAUUGGAAGUUGCGGAGCAGUGGUCAGCUGUAUGUUCCUAGGAGCAUAUUCUGAUUUUCUUGGACGACGAUUCCUCUUCAUUGUACCUUUAGUUGGAGAGGUUCUGAAGUUUUGGUUGUUGACAGUUGUUAUUUACUGGAAUCUAGAUCUGAGAUACCUGUACAUUGGCGAGGUGUUUGAAGGUAUUUCAGGCGGAUACAAUGGCGUGAUUCUAGCUAGUUAUGCCUACACGGCUGACAACACACCACCCAAGAACUCCCGGACAAUAGGGAUCGCUGUGAUAGACUUCACUACCUACCUGGCUGCUGCAGCUUCCCAGGUCAUCACCGGAUACUUCAUCAAAGACCUGGGCUAUCUCUACCCUUCCAUAACCACUGCCUCCCUCAUGCUUCUCUCCCUUCUCGUUGUCCUUGUCAUUCUUCCAGAAACUAUCAGCACAGACAGAAGAUCCAAAUACCCAACCCCAUUAAAAGCAGUGAAAAAUGUCUUUGGAUUCUACUUUUCGAAAGAUUUUGGAUCAAAGAGAAGCCUUUUCUGGCUCUCACUUGCAUCCUAUUUCAUAUUAUAUUUCAGUCAGCGUGGUGUGACUUUUGUAGAAUAUCUUUUCCAACUCAACCUGCCUUUCUGUUGGGGCCCAGAACUCAUUGGCUAUUUCAAUAUGGCAUUGUCCCUUUCAAGGCAAUUACUAGGGAUCCCAGUCAUCAAACUCCUCCAUCUGUGCACCUCCGACCCCGAGAUAUGUAUCAUAACAUCUAUCAUACAGGCGGGAGCCUAUGUCCUCAACGGUCUGGCAAACACUGACGUCAUGCUUUUCUCAUUUGUGUUGCCCAAUGGUAUAGCAGGCCCUUUGUUGCCGGCACUGCGGGCCAUGAUGUCGAGGAUAGCCCCUGCUGAAAUGCAGGGAUCCCUGUUUGCCGGUAUUGGACUUGUGAACAUCAUCUCAGAAGGGUUUGGGGUAACCGUUUUCAACGAGUUGUAUGAUGCCUCUGUGGAGAUACUCCGUGGUUUCGCCUUCUUCGUCUGUGCGGGAUUCCAACUGGUGUCUGCAGUUAUCAUAGUAUUGUUCCUCUGUAAAUCCCGCCGCAUCGUUGACCCUGAUACCUCCACCGUUGUUGUCAUCACCGUCAACGACUGAGAGCCAGGCCUCAUGACAAGCCUGGGCCGACGUGGUGUCCCUGGUUGAUGAUUUUGACUG